CCUCUAUAUAUUGGACCAACACUUAACUCCGUAACCACCACGACGCCAGCUCAUCAAGUAUGAGUUUCCUCAAAAAAAUCAUUGAUAAAAUACCAGACGGAAUUGAGCAUGCCAGGCAGGAGGCUAUAGGAAUCUUGAACCCUAAUCGUCGCCACGACGAUCCCGAAGAGAAGAAGGCCGAUGAGAUUAGGCAGGCUAUCAACGACAGUCAUCGUUUUCGCAGUUUUGCAGAGGAGAGAGCGGGAAACUUUGUGAAAUGGCAUAUUGAUGGACAUGAUUACAUGUGGGCACUCUCUGAGCUGAUUGAUAACGCCAGAGAGGCCAUAUUCAUCUUGGAUUGGUGGCUCACCCCAGAACUAUUCCUCCGCCGUCCCCCUGAGGAUUACCCUGAAUACCGUCUUGAUCGUCUCCUAAAGCGCAAAGCAGAGCAAGGCGUUAAGAUCUAUGUCAUUGUAUACAAAGAGGUUACUCAGACGAUGACUAUGAGCUCUUGGCACACCAAGCAUACACUCGAGGAUCUCCACCCCAACAUCACCUGCCUUCGUCACCCAGAUCACAUUGGCUCUAAAGAUGACGUGCAGUUCUGGUCCCACCAUGAGAAAGCCGUUGUGAUAGACAAUCAUUAUGCGUGUAUUGGUGGUCUCGAUUUGUGUUUCGGACGUUGGGACACGCAUAAUCACCCUCUCGCAGAUGUGCACCCGACGAAUUUCAGUCGAACCUUGUUCCCCGGUCAGGAUUACAAUAAUGCACGAAUCAUGGAUUUCAAAGAUGUGAGAUGGUACGCAAGUAACACUCUUUCAAUCUUGGAGAGCGCGAGGAUGCCAUGGCAUGAUGUUCAUAUGUCCUUGACCGGGCCUGUGGUGCUGGACAUCGUCCAGCACUUCGUCGAGAGGUGGAAUGAAAUCAAGAAACGCAAGUAUCGCAACAAAGAAAAUGUUGAUUGGCUCUCCUUACCACACGAUAUCGAAGCGGCCCCUAAUGAGGCUGUUGCUCGCCACCCGCACCGUGAGCAUUGGGCACAGAUAGGACGCAAGUACCGUCAGAGAUGGCACCGUCGUAUCCACGGCGACGAGGGAGAAGACGAAGAAGACGCAGAAGAGCCAGGAUAUAAGAGACCAGCCGCACCGUCGUGCCGAGUUCAGGUCGUGCGCAGUGUUUCAGACUGGAGUCAUGGUGUUUUGACAGAGCACAGUGUCCAAAAUGCCUAUGUUCAAUUGAUCCUUGAGGCGAAUCACUUCAUCUACAUUGAGAAUCAAUUCUUUAUCUCUGCUACUAAGGAAGGUGGACCAGUUGUAAAUCUCAUCGGGAAAGCUCUGGUCGAGCGUAUCGUCAGAGCAGCGCAGGAUGGGAAGAAGUUCCAGGUGAUCAUCUGUAUUCCUGAACUCCCGGGAUUCGCAGGCAACGUUAAGAACGAGUCUUCGCUGAAGAUCAUCAUGGCCGGUCAAUACCGCACUAUGAAUCGUGGUGGCAGCAGUAUCUAUGAGGAGAUCAGGAAGGCUGGAUAUGAACCCUCGGAUUACAUUCGGUUCUUUCACUUGAGGUCAUAUGAUAGAAUCAAUUCGCCCGCUGGGUAUAUCACAAGAAUGGAGCAAAUCUCGGGUGUCAAAUUCCAUGAAGCGCAGGUUGCACUUGCACGGAUAUGGAUCGGCGAUGUUUCGGACGGGGUGCAGAAGGAAGUUACUAUUGCAGUGCCCAAGCCUACAACAGAAGGGUUAGUCGUCACGAAUAAGUCGGAGAAGAAGACAGAUGAUAGUAUCAUCAAGGUUCCUAUACCCGAGACGGAGGAGGCCGCCAGGGAAAUCAUUCGGCGAUGGGAGGCCGCCUCUGACCAAAUUCGUGAUGAUGAACUUGUUAGUGAUAGCGUGGCGCAGCACAUGCUUGACGAUAAGACGAGUUUGGCAGAUGAGCUGUGGGAAGGCUCGGAAGAGGAGGAGUUGAACGCAUACGUCUCGGAAUUGUUGUACAUUCAUUCCAAACUGAUGAUUAUCGACGAUACCAGAGUCAUCAUGGGCUCUGCCAACAUCAAUGACAGAAGUCAGAAGGGCGACGGCGACUCGGAAAUUGCACUUAUAGUGGAAGACACCGACAUGAUCGAGUCUACGAUGAACGGAAAACGUGUCAUGGUUGCGAGAUUUGCUACAUCGCUUAGGCGUAAGCUUUUUAGAGAACAUCUCGGUCUCAUUGAACCUCAAUGGCCCCGCCGGCAGUCGAAAGAACCUGACUCGUUCAUGCGUCCUGCUCCUCAUCCUAACGACAACGAAUUUGACUUGGCAGAAGACGACUUGGUCGCUGAUCCGAUUUCUGAAGCUACCCUUUCUCUGUGGAAUGGCACUGCAAAGAAGAACAGAGAGGUGUUCGCUGAGCUAUUCCGCCCCGUUCCGUCGAAUCUGGUUAGGGACUGGAAGGCUUAUGAGGCCUACGUUCCCAAAGUCAAGACGGGCCAUGUCAUACCUGGCAUUUCCCUUGAUAGGCUUAAGAGCCGCUUGUCUCAGGUCAGGGGGGCGUUAGUCGAAUGUCCCAUGGACUUCCUCAUUGAUGACAAGGAAUUCGUUACCGGUCCAGAAUGGACGGGCCUGAAUCCUACGUUGCCUAUUUACAUUUAAAUAUAUCAAUGAAUGAUAACUAACGAAGGUAAGACUAUUUAUGCAUGUAGUAACAAUAUUACAAUAUUAUUGGCACAUGUCUGAAAUCGUAAUGAUUUAACGGUCGAGAAUUCAGACGGGCUAGAUGUAUUUACCUUCUGGGUCCUGAAGCUCUACUCGUUACAUCCAAUGUAUGUGUACCGUGAAUAGUACCAAGCACCUCC